GGCGAGAAGAAUGCCGCGUCCUCCCUCUUUUCCAUGAACCUUCGCCAUAUCAGACGCCAUGUUUUGCUAAAAAUAUCUCCCCGGGUGGCAGAGAGAAGAGCGCAGUAGACACCGUCUCGGACACUCAGACACUCGACACUCGAACCCGACGCCCGCAGACGCGCACAUUCUGCCGCGAUGAAUAUUAAAUUCUGCCAGAUCUACCGAAACGGGGAGGAAAAUGGUAAACAGCCGGAGAAGCCGCACCUGGCUGCUGCUGCGGAGCAGGAAGAGCUCUACAGGAGAGUCCGCGUGUACCGAGCGCUCUCCCUCAUCCUGCUCCUGCUCACCUUGAUCUUCGCCGCAGUGGUCAUCGCCCUCUGCCUCCAGCUCCAGGCCAGGCCCGCUUGUCUGAAGACGGAGCAUGACGACGGUGCGGCCCAGCACCUCUGCACUCUGGAGCUGUGCAACCAGUUGCACCCAAGAGUGGAAAAGGCUGUGGUGACGUCAACUGAGAAAAAAGAUUCUGAAUGUCAGGCCCUGUGCAGCAACGGUUGGCUGAAGUUCGGGGACUCCUGUUUCUUCCUCUCCAAACUGCGGAACUCGUGGAGCGGAGGCAGGCAGCAGUGCCAGAAGUGGGGUGCGGACUUGGCGGUGAUAGACAAUAUGCAAGUGCAGGAAUUUCUGACCAAGAAGGGGAACCUGAUGUACUGGAUUGGCUUGAACCGGUCCAGUGGUGGGCAGUGGAUGUGGGUAAACCAGUCUGCGCUUGGCCAGAGUUACUGGGGUCCUCAUUCAGACAAGGAUAGCUGUGGAUUUCUCAUUGGCAAAGACAUGCCUACCAAAAGCUGGGGCUCCUCAGAUUGCUCCUAUCUCUCUGCCUACAUCUGCCAGAAGAAGAUCUGAGCGGAUUGUCACACGCCGCCUGUGUCUCAGUAACCCUCCAUACAUACCAGCAAGAGCAAGAGUAACGUAGCCUACCUAACGGAACACAAUCGAUCAAUAUUCGUUGUAGUUAAAUCUGCUUAAAUCAGUUUUUUGUCGUAGUUGAAGCUUGAAAAUGCUGGCAGAUAACACUGUAUACUCACAUUACCCGCAUCAGCUUCCGUAACGACCGCCGCAAAGACAUUUAUAAUCAAGAGCGACUUACAUAAUGACAGUCUUCACAUCGCAAGAUCUUUCUUUACCGCUGUGACAACUGCUGUUUUUUGGUUGACAUGUUGUGUCAUCUUAGCUUUAACUUGUACUGUUUUCCACUACAAAAAGAGCACUUUUUUUUUUUUUUUUCUUUUCUUUUUGGUGUGUUAGUAUGAACUCUACUGUAAAUGUUGCACUAAAAAAGUACCGCUCAAAAUCUGUUAUUUCCGGAAUGACUUUGUCUAAGCACUGUAGUAGCCUUUUCACCACAUUAAACAUUUUUAUUGAUUUCA